GAAAAGAAAAGGGGGGCUUUGGCCUCUCUGUAUCGUUCACUAGCUCCUAAUUCCAAACGCUUCUCAAGCUGGGGAAGGUGGUGGACUUAACGGCGGUGGUGAAAAUUGCUGGAUGCUGAGGCCGGCGAGGUGGAUCCCGUGGUGGAGGUGGAAAUAUAUGUUUUUCAUUAUUUUCUCAGCAAGGCGGGAAAUCGAUGUACUUGCUGACGAUGAGGGCAGAGCGGGAAAGGUUGGUGCCGAUCUGCUUAAGAUUCUCUGCUGGAUCAUUUCAAUGACAACGGCUGCUGCUCUGUUUUAUUUGAAAGAAGUUGAGAGUGUUCUUUGUGUGCAGCAUCAACAUCUUCUGGAGAAGCUCUUGGUACCAAGAGCGAAUCGUUUGGAAGCCGGUAUAAGGGAUUGAUUGGCCAAAUCGUUCGAAUCAGAAGAGGGACUGGUCGUUUUUGGCUGCAGAUCUUGGCUUCUUCUCCAACUUAGGCGACAACAAUGCUUCGAUUUUCUCUAGGCGGUCGAAAGAGAAAGGGAAUUGUUGACACGAAAAUGAAGAAGGAAUUGGAUGGAGAGAGAGAGAGAGAGAGAGAGAGUAUAAAACUCUCAAAUAAUGAAUGGUGAAAGCUUUUGAGGUUGGCAGAUUUGGAGAGUGAUGUAGACCACAAUGCUUGGGAAUAUAUGAGGAAGACCCGGACAUAUUGUAGUGUGAAGACACCCCGAAAGAUGGUGACACGAUCCCAGACUCGCGUUGCAGCAAAGGAGGCUCCUGAAACUACGAUCGAUCGCAUGUUGACUGCGAUCGAGCGCUCAUGCCCUAGAAGUUUGAGAGAAGUCCUUGAUACUGCGACCGAUCCUCUCCUUUGAGUGCGAUCGAUUGCGUGAUCGAGCGCACCAAGCCCCUGGAGGUGCAAUCGAGCACCCGCGUGCUGCGAUCGAGCGCACGCGGGAACACUAAGUUAUUUUUUGCUGCGUUUUUAAGUUUAACCUGACUUUCUUUCCUUGUUUUGCUAGGAUUAGGUUUUUGGAGUUAUUAUUCCGUGUUUUACUAGUAAUAGGAGUCUUGGGGUUAUAAAUACAUGCUUAUAGCCUGUAGAAAAACAGCUUAUGUUGAUUUAUCAGUUUUCUCUUAAGUAAGAAUUACUCAUGGGUGAGUUUCUUCAUAUUUUUCGUUGGGCUAUAAAUAGACUCUAUAAUUUUGAUAUGAGUUCUUAGAUCAUUGAUAGACUCAAGAUCUAAGAAUUAUUUAUCCGUUCUUCUUGUUACUGUGUUUUUGCAUCCUACCAAGUCAGGCUGCAUUGGAGAGGAAUCUGAC